AUGACCCAUUUUAAACCCCUCCGCCGACGGUAUUUUGCUGUUCGACAUGGCCAGUCGGAAGCCAAUGUGGAGAAAAUCAUAGUAUCUGAUCCUGAGGUCGGGUGUAUACGGUAUGGGCUGACGGAGGAGGGACAGAAGCAAGCCGUUCUAGCGGCAGAUCACCUCCGCAGAAUCCUACCAUCUGCCAGCAAAGUCCAAAUCCACACAUCAGAUUUUCUUCGCACCCUUCAAACAGCAGCUGUUAUUGCUUCCAAAUUCCCUGAUGCAACUAUUCACCCAACGCCUUUGCUUCGUGAACGACGGUUUGGAGAAUUCGAAGGGCAAGCGGAUACUUGUUAUCGUGUGGUUUGGGAAGAGGAUGCAAAAGGACCCAAGGCGCAACUCGGCCCUGGAGUAGAGGAUACGGCACAUGUUAGAGAUCGUGGAAUGACGGUUAUCAAACAGCUGGAAGAGCAUGGAGAAACUGAAGUUGUGAUCUUGGUUGGGCACGGUGAUACAUUGCAGAUCCUGCAAACCGCAUUCGAAGGUCUCGAAGCAUGGCAACACAGAUCGUUAGCUCUUCUUCAGACGGCGGAGGUACGUGAACUCGUCGUUCGUAGUGCAGCGAAUUAGACAUAGAAUGUCGGCAACAUAGUUCCAACCAUAAUAGUAACUCGCACACCUUGUGAGCUGACAUACACUACAUAUAUGCAACUUGAGCUGCGGAAACC